AUGUUGCAAAAGAAAAACUCAGAUAAAGAGAAUGCUUCAUUAAAUAAUAAAGAUACAUCAAAGCCAAGGAUCAUAGGAGAUUAUUAAUUAGUUAAAACUCUUGGAGUUGGCACAUUUGGUUUAGUUAAAUUGGGUUUGCAUCAGAUUACUGGAGAGAAGGUGGCCAUUAAAAUAUUGGAAAAGGAACGAAUAGUAGAAGUUGCAGAUGUUGAGAGAGUUUCAAGAGAAAUACAUAUUUUAAAAUUGAUUCGCCAUCGCCAUGUAAUUUAAUUAUAUGAGAUUAUAGAAACAAAGAAGCACAUCUUUUUGGUGAUGGAAUUUUGUGAUAAAGGUGAACUCUUUGAUUAUAUAGUAAAGAACGAUAAAUUGGAUGAAAUAGAAUGCUUGUCGAAUAUAGUCUAAGAGUUGAUUUCAGGCAUAGAAUACAUUCACAAACUAAAUAUUGUUCAUAGAGAUUUGAAACCAGAAAAUCUGUUAUUGGAUCAUUAAAACCAAAUAAAGAUAGUGGAUUUUGGACUAUCCAACACGUAUAAAUAAGGAGAGUUGCUUAAAACAGCAUGUGGUAGUCCUUGUUAUGCUGCUCCAGAGAUGAUAGCAGGCCAUAGAUACCAAAGUAUCUUGGUUGAUAUUUGGUCUUGUGGCGUCAUCUUAUUCGCUACUAUCUGUGGUCAAUUACCCUUUGAAGAUAAAAACACCAGUGAUUUAUAUAAGAAAAUACUUGGAGGACAAUAUACAAUACCUUCCCAUGUCUCAUAAGAUGGGUAAUCAUUUCUAAAAGGACUUUUAAACACAGAUCCUUCUAAACGAUUUAAUCUGGAGUAAAUUAAAUAACAUCCCUGGUUUAAGUUGUAUAAGAGAGUUCAAUCCAUUCCUCAAGGAAUUAUAAUAGGCUACAGCAGAAUUCCAAUUGAUGAUGCAAUAGUUGAUUAGCUAGCAACCAAAGGCUUCAACUCAGAUUACAUAAAGAAAUGUCUUGAUGCAAACAAACACAACAAUCUAACCACAGCUUAUUUCCUUAUCUUAAAGAAGCAUCUCAUUAAUGGUGGAAAAUCAGUUGCCGAUAUCAAUUCAAGCAAUUUCAAUGAAAAACUAUUAGAACCUGCAACUCGUCCAUAGAAACCUCCAAUCAGUAGUCUUUUGGACAGCCAAAUGAUGAAAACUCUUACUCAUAAUAGAUCUGGUUCUUGUUAGACGAAUAAUAAAUCCCAUACUUAAACAAGAGGACUUUCUGUUCUUCCUUCAGAUGAUACAAGAUCAACUAAUAAUGGAUCUAAAAACUACUAAAAUUCAUCGAUUAAUCAUUCUUCUUUGAAAGAAAAAAAGUCCUAAUCCUUCCAAUAGACUAACAAUAAAAAGAUGACCACUGACAUUUAAAUCAAUGAUAGUUUAAAUAAAACAACUUUUUUGGGCACUUGUAAAAGAUCAUCAAAUGUAUGCACAGCUUCUCCUGCUCAUCAGAAUAAAUUAUUGAAUUAUCUAAAAUCAUCUACAAAGACAGGCACUCCAACAGCUCCUAGAGGUAAUUCGUAACCGAAAAUACCCUAAAAUAGUAAGACUACAAAAAAUCAAAAGGGUUCAAUUUUAAAUUUCGAUUCUACCUAUGAUAAAAAAAAAGAAAAUAAACCAAUCAAUUUAGUAGAUACCACUAAUAUUGAUAGUAAAAAAAGAUCAUUGCACAUUGACGGAGAUCUGUCUAUGCCAGCCAGCACAAAACCAUAAUCAAUGCCAUUUUAACUCUGGCUAAAAUUAAAUAGUAGAAAAGGAUCAAGAGAUCAUAGUGCAGGAGGUUAAAAGACUAAGAAAGCAAACAGUAGUACUACAAAGGCUAAUAUAAAUUAAAGCUUCAAUUUUGACAAACGAGUUUGA